AUGAACCGCAGGCAACUUCACCAGAACUACUUCUCAGGCUCCUUCCCAGCCUGCAUCUCCGCCCUCUCUGCCCUCACAGAACUGUGGUUGAACCUGAACUACCUCACAGGCAGCAUGCCGGCAGCCCUGCCAGCGACCCUGAAGGUGAUCGACCUGUCGAGCAACUACCUGGUGGGCACCUUCCUCACCACCACUGCCACCUUCUGCAGCUGCGCCACCAAUUGCCUGCAGGACGCCUCCAAGUGCCCCAGCGGCACGGCACAGCGCGCCUCAUGGGGUUGCGCUGUCUGCGAGAUGCCCGAUGCCACAGGCAGGAUGUGCGGCGGCGGCAUCUGCACGCCCAACGCCACGAUGCUGAUCGCUGCCAGCAUGGUCAACACGGGCACGGCGGCCAUGUACUGCCUGGGCACGUCCAUGGACCCUGUCAUGGGUGAGUGGAGUGCUGGGGUACGUGAGUGUCCUUACACCAGGUCAUGGGUGAGUGUGCCACAAGCCUGUGAUGGCACUACUGCAUGCUCAACCACCCCUGCUGUGUCCGCCUCCGCCCCCUGCUCUUCUCUCCUCCUGCCAUCUCUUUCUUGUGCGCCCCUCCCCCCACCAGGGGCGGCGCUGCUGAACAUGAAGGCAUCGCUGGGAGUGACGUUCACGGAAUGGGCGCUUGACGUGCCCUGCACCAUCCAGGGGCUGCCGCCACUUGCAGGCACCUGGUCCAACGUCGUCUGCAACGUCUCCGGCAAAGUCAUCUUGCUCUACCUGGCUCGUCUCGUUCGCGGCUUUCACCUCUCAUACCUCUCUCUACUCUUUUGCUAUGUGCGUCCGCCCUGCCAACGUCUCAGUAAUCUGCGGUCCAACUUCCUGGAGGGUCAGCUGGACGUCUUUGCUGUCAACUUCAAGGCGCUCACGUUGCUCAAAGAAGUGUACCUGGACUUCAACUGGUUCACAGGGCCCAUCUCGUCCACCCUCGUGGGCAUCGCCACCCUCUCCACCCUCGCCACGGCGGUCGUGCUGCCGCGCUUCUGUGUGGGCGUGCCACUGGAUGCCACACAGGGCAACAUCCCGCUGGCGCUCAAGUCCACUCUCGGCGUCACCUUCUCGGACUGGACCACCACCACGCUUGCCGCCCCCAAGGCCACCUCCACGAAGCCCAAGGCGGGGGGUGCAAGGGAGGGGGUCGGGGCUGCUGUACGAUUGGAAGGCCGUGGGGUCGUGCACCCUCGUGGGCCAGACGCCCAUCACUGGAUCUUGGACUGGCGUGCGCUGCUCACCGCUCGGCCAAAUCCUUGCUCUCUGAGUGCUGCCUCUCCUGCUGACCUGAAUGACGUGGUAUGCAGGGACCUGAGGAGCCAGCUGUUGAGUGGCACGGUGCACUCCGACAUAAGCAAGCUCUCCACUCUCACCUCGCUGCGUCUGACGUCCAACCUCUUCUUCAACCGCCUCGACUCCUACAUCUUGCCCAUCACACCCGCCGCCACCCUUAAGGAGCUCCACAUCAACUUCAAUUGGUUCUACGGCACCAUCCCAACCACGCUCGUCAACAUGCCAGCCCUCUCCUUCCUGUAA